CGGAGUACCACCUACAUCACCGCGGAUAAGUCCGAUGCAAGAAGGUGUGUCCCCAACCUAUCAGCGGCACGCAUCCAGCUGCAACCGUCCUUGCAUCGCGUCGUUAGCCUUGCGCACAAGCCCUUUCUGGUGCUGUACUUUGCGCCGAGGUACCUGGUACGUACAUUGUACACUGCAUGGCUAUCGGAUCUGGGUUUUGUGUUUGCCUGCAGAUAAGAACGACGUGCGUCAUUUUUCUCUGGGUAUUCCUUGCAUAUUCGUGUAUGCAUUGUUUUACAGGGGAAUGUAUGGGUAGAGAGAGUAUGUGCUGGGAAUCGGAUUCUCAAUAUCUCCUAUCGAAAGAAGGGAUAUACU